AUGACGCUGCCGCCCCUUCUCGUCGGCCACGUCUGCGCCAUCACUGGAGGAUUGACAGGGAUCGGACGAGCAAUCACCAUCCUCUUCCUGUCCCAUGGCGCCAGCGUCGCUGUCAACUAUCUGCCGGCCCACAACAAGGACGAGGAGGAUCUCCUCACGUCGCUGCGCACGGAGGCCUUUGACGCCAUCAAAUCACGCGCCCCGCCGCCUUCCUGGGCGGCCGUGCCCGACCUCCACGACGUGCCCCUGCUGACGGUCCCGGGCGACAUCUCGCGAGCGGAGACGGGCCCGGAGCUCGUCGCGCAGACGGUGGCGCGCUUCGGGCGGCUCGACACGUUCGUCUCCAACGCCGGCAUCUGCCGGUUCGAGGAGUUCCUCGAGAUCUCCCCAGCCAGCUGGCGGCGGCACGUCGACACGAACCUGUCCGGCGCCUUCUACGCCGUCCAGGCCGCCGCGCAGCAAAUGGUGCGCCAGACCCCACAGGGCGGGAGCAUCAUCGGUGUCUCAUCCAUCUCGGCGCUCGUCGGCGGGGCCGAGCAGUGCCAUUAUACGCCCACCAAGGCCGGCGUCCUGAGUCUGAUGCAGUCCGCCGCCGCGGCGCUGGGCAAGUACAACAUCCGCUGCAACGCUCUGCUCCCGGGCACGAUCCGCACUCAGCUCAACGCCGAGGACCUGCAGGACGGGACUGACAAGAAGGCGUAUAUGGAGGGACGCAUCCCCCUCGGACGGCUUGGGAAGCCCGACGAUCUGGUUGGGCCCGCACUCUUCCUCGCACAGCCCGAGCUGAGUGGCUAUGUCACGGGAGCGGCCAUUCUGGUGGACGGAGGAGCGUUUGUGAAUUUCCAGUGA